AUGUUUCGCGCGCAGUCCAACAUCUUCGACGAUGUAGUCGUCAAGGCUACAGACGAGAACCUCACUAGCGAGAACUGGGAAUACAUACUGGACGUAUGCGACAAAGUUGGAUCCUCGGACACAGGCGCCAAAGAUGCCGUCGCUGCUAUGAUUAGGCGGUUGGCACACCGAAAUGCGAACGUACAACUAUACACGCUUGAGCUUGCGAAUGCUCUGAGCCAGAACUGCGGAAUCCAGAUGCACAAGGAGCUCGCAUCGCGAAGCUUCACUGAAGCCUUGCUGAGACUAGCCAAUGACCGCAACACACAUCAGCAGGUCAAGGCCAAGAUACUGGAGCGCAUGGGCGAGUGGACAGACAUGUUCGCUCGUGACCCGGACCUGGGUAUCAUGUCUGGUGCCUAUAUGAAGCUAAAAUCACAAAAUCCCAACCUUCGAGCGCCUUCGAAGCCCCAGAAGACGCAGAUAUCCGAUGUCGAGCGCCAGAAGGAGGAAGAGGAGUUGCAAAUGGCGCUUGCCAUGUCGAUACGAGAAUCCAAAGGCGCUGCUCCAACAGCUGCCAAGUCCAACACACCUCAGCAAAGCGGCUCUGGUCCCAGUGCUUCGUCCGAACAACCUGCGAAACCAGUACCUUCGGGCACUACCGCUGCGACCGUCUCACGUGUACGAGCUCUCUUCGAUUUCCAGCCUUCAGAACCCGGCGAACUGCAGUUCCGCAAGGGCGACAUCAUUGCCGUGCUUGAAUCUGUCUACAAGGACUGGUGGAAGGGAUCGCUUCGUGGGCAGACGGGUAUCUUCCCGCUCAACUAUGUGGAGAAGCUGCAAGACCCGACACGAGAAGAGCUGGAACGCGAGGCACAAAACGAGGCUGAAGUGUUUGCGCAAAUAAGGAACGUGGAGAAGCUUCUAGCGCUUCUAAGCACAAGCUCUCAACCAGGUGCUGGCGAUGCGCGGGACAACGAGGAGAUUACCGAGCUCUACCACUCUACUCUGGCUAUCCGGCCUAAGCUAAUUGAGCUCAUUGGGAAGUACUCACAAAAGAAGGAUGACUUUACGCAGCUGAACGAAAAGUUCAUCAAGGCUCGCCGAGAUUACGAGUCCAUGCUGGAAGCAUCAAUGUCUCAGCCACAACAACCUGCAUAUGGUGGCCGUCCUGCUUUUGGCGGCUACAACGCACCACCACCUUCGAAUUACCAGGGAUACCCACCUGCAUCUUCAACUCCACAUCAAGAUCCGGGCCGUUUCGCCUAUGGCGGCGCACCUCCACAAUCAGGGCCUUCUCAAGUUCCACCACCAGGCUCCAGCCCCGCCUUCUUCAUGGUCCCCCCUGGUGAACAACGGACCCAACAGACCCCGAAACCAGGUCUGCCACAAGACCCCUACCAGGCAGCUAUGGGUAGAGUACCGGUAGGGGGUCGACCACUAAGCUAUGCUCCCCAAGAACUAGCAACCGCUCACUACGACUCGCCCGUGGACAACCGACACUCGUUCCAUGCCCCUAGCCAGCCACAAGCUUCAGCCCCUCCUCAAGGUUACGACUAUCCCCCGUCUACCCAGCAAGCCGGUGCCGGUUACCCACCACAGCAAGGUCCCCCCCAAGGACCGCCACACGCACAGCAAAACCCAUACGACCAAGUAACUUCUCCCCCUCUACAACACGCCCCGCAAGACCAACAGCCCCCAUCGGAUCCGUACGCGCAAGCUCCUCCCCAGCAGGGCUACGCAUACCCACCAUCGCAACCUGCCUACGCGCCACCUGCCCCGCCUGGAGCUUCGUCUAGUCCUGCACCCCCCGCUCAAACUCAAAGUUAUCUGCCAUAUCGCCCAGGCGGCGCUGCUGCUGCCCCAAGUGCCCCAAGUGCACCACCGGUAGGUGGAGAUGAUGCGUCUGGAUUUUACCGGUAG